AUGACCGGUGAAGGAGAACAGGCGCGACUCCCACGGUCGAAAAUUCCCAAUCCUUUCAGUUUUAUUGUCAAAGAAUCAUCAUUUUUCCAAAAUGGGAUCAAUUACCAUCACCAAAUGAAGUGCAGGCACGCACUAAGGCGCAACAUCUUGCCGGAGUGUAUCCAGACCAAGCGAAAACCCAUUCGAUGGCAGCCCCAUAUCUCUGCCCAAUUAUCCGAAGCUCAGUGCCUAUAUGCCGUCCGUCAAUCCCUCAAGGGCGAUGUUCCUGUGCCGGAGGUGUAUGGUUGGCGCACCGAAGGAAAUGAGAAAUACAUUUACAUGGAGUAUGUGAAUGGAACAUCCCUUGAGCAAGUAUGGCCAAUCAUGGGGCAUGAGGACAAAGCUGGCAUCUGUCGCGAACUCAGGAAAAUUUAUCAGCGCCUACGACAGGUCGAACAGGACCCAGAGGACCCAUUUAUAGGCAACAUUACGAAAGGACCGCUUUACGAUAGGGCAUUUCAUGUGAACUAUAUGCAUGAAGCAGACCCUUUCGCUACAGUUCGCGACUUUCACGACUGGUUUACAUUUCUUCACCGAAGACCGAUGUCGGAUCCGUACUCAGUUCCAGUGGAACCUUUCCGCCAUGACCUCCUGGACGACUGUACAAUCAAAUUCACUCAUGGCGAUCUCCAUCGCAGUAACAUCAUCGUCACACCCACACCCCCAUACCGUAUUCUGGUGGUUGUCGACUGGGAACAAUCUGGUUGGCUGCCUGAGUACUGGGAGUCUCGCAAGGCGCAAUAUACCGCUGAUAGAGGUGAAUCAUGGUCCACCACCUACCUGCCCGAGAUUCUGGACCAAUUUGCUAGUACUUGGGAUCCAUGGGACUACUACACGUCGGCAAUGGGAUGUUGA